AGAGACAGAGAGACAGAGAGAGAGAGAGAAAGAGAGAGAGAGAGAGAGACAGAGAGAGAGAGAGAGAGACCGGUGCUGUCCUUUCAGCACCACACCCGCAGUCACCUUGCUGUCUAUGAAUAUCAUUAACAGGUUCUACCAAAACCACCACAACAGGAAGAGAGUCUUUGUGCUGGAUUCGGAUUAGAAAGAAUGAACAACACCCAUUUUUAUCUUCUUCACCUUUUGGAUUUAAACCACCAUCCAUUGUUGUGGAUUUAAACCACCAUCCAUUGUUAAUGGCAUGCCAUUGGCUACACUUGCUAUCAUUUUGGAUUUAAAUGUUUUCCCUCCGGUAGGUCUUGUGGGUUGAUUUUCAUGACAGGUUGUAGAAACAUUGGGGCAUCCGGCAUCAUCAUUGGGAAUAUGUGCUGAUUAGUCCUAUAGGCCUGCACUUAUUAUUUAGGAUAUAUAUAUAGCCUGCAACCAGCAGCAGCCUAGCCGUAUCUCUUCCCUCUUCCUCCCCUGGUAACACCGGUUGUGCAUGUGUUGCACGCGUUUUUUCCCCCCUCCCACUGUGGCGUGCGGUGCUCAUAGAGUGUCCGUUGUGAUGCUGGGAACUUAUUGGAGACAUGCCUAAGGGACGCAAUGGGCUUGAGCGACGAAAAGGAUCGCAUUGUGAUAAACGUGGGAGGGACCAAGCACCAGACAUACCGCGGUACCCUACGGACCCUGCCUGGCACCCGCUUAUCCUGUCUGGCCGAACCCGACGCGCCUAGUCACUUCGACUGGGACGACAAACAUGAGGAAUUCUUUUUCGACCGCCAUCCUGCCGUUUUCGCCCAUAUCCUUAACUAUUACCGGACCGGUAAACUACACUGCCCUGCCGAUGUCUGCGGGCCUCUUUACGAGGAGGAAUUGGCAUUCUGGGGCAUCGAUGAGACGGACGUGGAGCCUUGCUGCUGGAUGACCUAUAGCCAGCAUCGGGAGGCGGAGGAAGCGCUCGAUAGUUUCGGCGGGGGUGCCCUGCUCGACUUAACCAGUAAUGACGAUCAGGACCCGGAGGUCGUGACCGACCCGGGGGAUGUGGUUGGUGAUGAGGCAGAUGAGAUGACGAGGAGACUGGCGCAGGGGGACUCUACCGACAUAAAGGCGAGGGGGCUGUGGGGUCGUUGGCAGAAACGCAUGUGGGCUCUGUUUGAAGACCCCUACUCUUCUAAAUAUGCAAGGUGGAUAGCCCUGGCCUCUCUGUUCUUCAUCCUCGUGUCCAUCUCCACCUUCUGUCUGGAGACCCACGAAUUCUUCAACCCCAUCGUGAACCGCACCGAGCUGGAGCUGGUGGACAACGUGACGGUGGAGCAUGUGUACCAGGAGACGGAGACGGUGGUCUAUCUCACCUAUAUCGAGGGCGUCUGCGUGGUCUGGUUUACCUUUGAGUUCAUGAUGAGAGUCAUAUUCUGUCCGGACAAGAUGGAGUUCAUGAAGAAAGCUCUGAACGUUAUCGACUUCGUGGCUAUCUUACCAUUCUACCUGGAGGUCGGGCUGAGUGGGCUAUCGUCUAAAGCGGCUAAGGAUGUUCUGGGGUUCCUGAGGGUGGUGAGGUUCGUCAGGAUCCUGCGUAUCUUCAAGCUGACCCGUCACUUCGUGGGCCUGAGGGUUCUGGGUCACACGUUACGAGCAAGCACCAAUGAGUUCCUACUCCUCAUCAUCUUCCUCGCACUCGGAGUCCUCAUAUUCGCCACGAUGAUCUACUACGCCGAACGGAUGGGAGCGGAUCCGACCGACCCGCGCGCCAGCGAGCACACGCACUUCAAGAACAUCCCCAUCGGAUUCUGGUGGGCCGUCGUUACCAUGACGACCCUUGGUUACGGCGACAUGUACCCCCAGACGUGGUCGGGUAUGCUUGUCGGAGCGCUGUGCGCCCUGUCGGGUGUACUGACCAUCGCCAUGCCCGUCCCCGUGAUCGUCAACAACUUUGGAAUGUAUUACUCCUUGGCCAUGGCGAAGCAGAAGCUACCAAAGAAGAAGAACAAGCAUAUCCCGCGAGCACCCCAACCAGGAUCACCCAACUACUAUAAGUCCAGCAUCAACUCUCCUCCAACGCCCCAUAAAGCACCGCUCCUUCCUGAAAGCCCGAAAUUAGUCCACCCCGUUUUGGCUCUGGCUCAAAACAUUACUAUGACACACGAUGACGUCUUCAAAGUAAAGUUUCCAGAUGCCUCUCCAGCGGCAGAAAUCAAUAGGCGAAUAUCACAGCCAAGCACAACACUGGAGGAUUCCAAGCUGAAUGGGGAGGCGGCCAACGCAGCUCUAGCAAAUGAAGACUGUCCUCAUAUAGACCAGGCCAUCUCGCCAGAGGAGAUUUUCAGCCCCAGUGAGAGAGAACGGCCUUGUUGUCUCAUCACCACAGCUGCAGAACGACCCAACCACAAAGGGUGUAGAGUCAGGAGGGAGACUACCCAGCGACAGCCUCGGAGCAGACCAGCAGCAUCAGACUCAGUUUGUGUAAUGAACCAUGGUGUUCCCACCACGAUAUGUCUGUCCCAAAAUAAGACCCCCUCACCGCAACACCAACCCCCCACCUGAUAAUACAUCAGCCUCGUUUGUUGUGUGUUUAAAAUUAGUUUUUAAUAAUUGGGUGUUACAGUGGCAACCUGUACCUCACAGACUAAAUGGCAUCCUAAUCCCUUUUAAUAACCACACCUGAUCAAAAUUAGUGCACACCUAAUAGGGAAUAGAGUGCCAUAGGGCUCUGGUCUAAAGUAGUGCACUAUAUAGGGAAUAGGGUGCCAUAGGGCUCUGGUCUAAAGUAGUGCAC